AUGUUUCGUUAUAUUAUCGUGUCUGUAGGCCAACUGCAAGCCUACCCACCGCACAGUGACAGGACUGUCUGUGUCGACCACUGCCCAGAUGCCCGGUGGAGGAUGCCGUCGCAACAACUAGGUAGUUACUAGCCUCUCUGGGAAUUAUGACGAUCCUGAUGAGGCUAUAAUUUAGGGGUUGGAACUAGCUGGAAUUAAAGGGAACAACCGACAUAUCAAAGUUGUGGUGGAAACUGAUGCAGCCGUGCUAUUUAUUCCCUUCCUCUCUUAGCCUCUUUUUUUGGUGCUUUUUCCUGGUAGUUUUUCAAUGUCAACAGUCCAUUGACAGUCAAUGUCAACAGAGAAAGUCGGAGUAACAAUGUUGAUAUUGUAGUUUCUUAAAAGGGUAGAGGGAGUGAAGAGGCUCUUCGCAAAGAAGGAACUCAAGGCUCUUCUCUUUUCCCUGUGUGUGGCUGGAGGUUGAGUUGCCUUGAGUGAACCUGCUCAAAGGUUAAAGAAUAGGAUUGCAAUAGAAUGAAUAACUCAUCUUUGCCCCCUGAUAUUACCCUGGCCAAACAUCUGAAACCCUACUUUGAGGAAAAAUGUACUUACUGUGAUAUGUGGUUGUCCCACCUAGCUAUCCUGAGAUGAAUGCACUAACUGUAAGUCGUUCUGGAUAAGAGCGUCUGCUGAAUGACUAAAAUGUAAAUGUAAUGGCUAUGGGUUGUAUGUUAUUGAAUAUGAUACAUCCAUAAGUGCCCAUGUACAGUGCAUUCGGAAAGUAUUCAGACCUCUUGACUUUUUCCACAUUUUGUUACGUUACAGCCUUAUUCUACAAUGGAUUAAAUUGUUUUCCCGCCCCUCAUCAAUUUACACACAAUAAUGACAAAUUAAAAACAGGUUUUUAGAAAUGUUUGCAAAUUUAUGAAAAAAUAAAGAAACUGAAAUAAUACAUUUGCAUUAGUAUUCAGACCCUUUACUCAGUACUUUGUUGAAGGACUACAGCCUCGAGUCUUCUUGGGUAUGACACUACAAGCUUGGCACACCUGCAUUUGGGGAGUUUCUCCAAUUCUUCUCUGCAGAUCCUCUCAAGCUCUAUCAGGUUGGAUGGGGAGCGUUGCUGCACAGCUAUUUUCAUGUUUGUACAGAGAUGUUCGAUCAGGUUCAAGUCCGGGCUCUGGCUGAGCCACUCGAGAACAUUCAGAGACUUGUCCCGAUGCCACUCCUGCGUGGUCUUGGCUGUGUGCUUAGGGUCGGUGUCCUAUUGGAAGGUGAACCUUCACCACAGUCUGAGGUCCUGAGCGCUCUGGAGCAGGUUUUCAUCAAGGAUCUCUCUGUAUUUUGCUCCGUUCAUCUUUCCCUCGAUCCUAACUAGUCUCCCUGCCGCUGAAAAACAUCUCCACAGCAUGAUGCUGCCACCACCGUGCUUCACCGUAGGGAUGGUGCCAGGUUUCCACCAGACGUGACAUUUUGCAUUCAGGCCAAAGAGUUCCAUCUUGGUUUCAUCAGACCAGAGAAUCUUGUUUCUCAUGGUCGGAGAGUCCUUUAGGUGCCUUUUGGCAAACUCCAAGUGGGCUGUCAUGUGCCUUUUACUGAGGAGUAGCUUCCGUCUGGCCACUCUAUCAUAAAGGCCUGAUUGGUGGAGUGCUUCAGAGAUGGUUGUCCUUCUGGAAGGUUCUCCCAUAUCCACAGAGGAACUCUGAAGCUCUGUCAGAUUGACCAUCGGCUUCUUGGUCACCUCCCUGACCAAGGCCCUUCUCCUCCGAUUGCGCAGUUUGGCCGGGCGGCCAGCUCUAGGAAGAGUCUUGGUGGUUCCAAAAUUCUUCCUUUUAAGAAGGAUGGAGGCCACUGUGUUCUUCUGCAGAAAAGUUUUGGUACCCUUCCCCAGAUGUGUGCCUCAACACAAUCCUGUCUUAUAGCUCUACGGACAAUUCCUUCGAGGUCGAAGGAAUUGUCCGUAGAGCUCAGACAGGAUUGUGUCGAGGCACAGAUCUGGGGAAGGGUACAAAAAUAAUUCUGCAUCAUUGAAGGUCCCCAAGAACACAGUGGCCUCCAUUCUUAAAUUGAAAAAGUUUGUAACCACCAAGACUCUUCCUAGAGCUGGCCGCCCAGCCAAACUGAGCAAUCGGAGGAGAAGGGCCUUGGUCAGGGAGGUGACCAAGAACCCGAUUGUCACUCUGACAGAGCUCCAGAUUUCCUCUGUGGAGAUGGGUGAACCUUCCAGAAGGACAACCAUCUCUGCAGCACUCCACCAAUCAGGCCUUUACAGUAGAGUGGCCAGAUGGAAGCCACUCCUCAGUAAAAGGAACAUGACAGCCCACUUGGAGUUUGCCAAAAGGCACCUAAAGGACUCUCAGACCAUGAGAAACAAAAUUCUCUUGUCUGAUGAAACCAAGAUGGAACUAUUUGGCCUGAAUGCCAAGCGUCACGUCUGGAGGAAACCUGGCACCAUAUCUACGGUGAAGCAUGGUGGUGGCAGCAUCAUGCUGUGGGGAUGUUUUUUAGCGGCAGGGGCUAGGAGACUAGUCAGGAACGAAGGAAAGAUGAACAGAGCAAAGUACAGAGAGAUCCUUGAUGAAAACCGGCUCCAGAGCGCUCAGGACCUCAGACUGGGGCAAAGGUUCACCUUCCAACAGGACAACAACCCUAAGCACACAGCCAAGACAAUGCAGGACUGGCUUCGGGGACAAAUCUCUGAAUGUCCUCGAGUGGCCCAGCCAGAGCCCGGACUUGAACCCGAUCGAACAUCUCUGGAGAGACCUGAAAACAGCUGUGCAGCUACGCUCCCCAUCCAACGUGACAGAGCUUGAGAGGAUCUGCAGAGAAGAAUGGGAGAAACUCCCCAAAUAUAGGUGUGCGAAGCUUGUAGCGUCAUAUCCAAGAAGACUCAAGGCAGUAAUCACUGCCAAAGGUGCUUCAACAAAGUACUGAGGAAAGGGUCUGAAUACUUAUGUAAAUGUAAUAUUUCCAUUUCUUAUUUUUUAUACAAUUGCAAACAUUUCUAAAACCCUAUUUUUUGCUUUGUCAUUAUGGGGUAUUGUGUGUAGAUUGAUCAGGGGGGAAAACAAUUGAAUCCAUUUUAUAAUAAGGCUGUAACGUAACAAAAUGUGGGAAAAGUCAAGGGGUCUGAAUACUUUCCGAAUGCACUGUAUGUCAUGGAAAGAGCAGGUGUUCUUAAUGUUUUGUAUACUAAAACCCUUUAUGAAAGGUGUUAAAAAUAUUGAUAUUACUUUGAUAUUACCUAUCCUAUAUUUUCAGAUGCUUACGGGCUAGGGGUUCAUGGCUAGGGCUCGAUUUUGGAGGGGGCAUGAGAUUAAGGAAAUCUAUAUGAACUAGUGAUUGACCUUAACCUCCAACCUCCUGGUUAAUCCUUCCAGACAUGGAGGUGAUGACCCCCCUCAUCGAGAACCCUGGAGGAGGGCAGGAGGAGGAGAACUCUGAAGGAGACCAGGAUCCAGAGCUGCUGCCUGUCAGACACCAGGAGCUGGGCAACAGCCACCAGGGCAUCACGUAAGUUAACACACCUCAACUACCUCAACAGCCACCAGGGCAUCACGUAGGUUAACCCACCUCAACUACUUCAGCAGCCACCAGGGCAUCACGUAGGUUAACAUACCUCAACUACCUCACCAGGGCAUCACGUAGGUUAACAUACCUCAACUACUUCAACAGCCACCAGGGCAUCACGUAGGUUAACACACCUCAACUACCUCAACAGCCACCAGGGCAUCACGUAGGUUAACAUACCUCAACUACCUCAACAGCCACCAGGGCAUCACGUAGGUUAACAUACCUCAACUACCUCACCAGGGCAUCACGUAAGUUAACCCACCUCAACUACUUCAGCAGCCACCAGGGCAUCACGUAAGUUAACCCACCUCAACUACUUCAACAGCCACCAGGGCAUCACGUAGGUUAACAUAACCCAACUACUUCAACAGCCCCAGGGCAUCACGUAGGUUAACACACCUCAACUCUCAAACAGCCACCAGGCAUCACGUAGGUUAACACAACCUCAACUACUCAACAGCCACAGGGCAUCACGUAGGUUAACAUACCUGCAACUACUUUCAACAGCCACCAGGGCAUCACGUACGGUUAACCCACAUCACUACUUCAACAGCACACAACAGCAGGCCAUCACGUAGGUUACACACCUCAACUACUUCACAACGCCCACCAGGGCAUCACUAAGUUAACCACACUCAAUCUACUUCAACAGCCACCAGGGCAUCACGUAGGUUAACAACCUCAACUACUUCACACCACCAGGUCAUCACUAGGUUAACACACCUCAAACUACUUCAACAGCCACCAGGGCAUCACGUAUGUUAACACAACCUCAAACUACUUCAACAGCCACCAGGGCAUCACGUAGGUUAACAUACCUCAACUACUUCAACAGCCACCAGGGCAUCACGUAGGUUAACAUACCUCAACUACUUCAACAGCCACCAGGGCAUCACGUAGGUUAACACACCUCAACUACUUCAACAGCCACCAGGGCAUCACGUAAGUUAACACACCUCAACUACUUCAACAGCCACCAGGGCAUCACGUAGGUUAACACACCUCAACUACUUCAACAGCCACCAGGGCAUCACGUAAGUUAACAUACCUCAACUACUUCAACAGCCACCAGGGCAUCACGUAGGUUAACACACCUCAACUACUUCAACAGCCACCAGGGCAUCACGUAAGUUAACACACCUCAACUACCUCAACAGCCACCAGGGCAUCACGUAGGUUAACAUACCUCAACUACUUCAACAGCCACCAGGGCAUCACGUAAGUUAACAUACCUCAACUACUUCACCAAGCCACCAGGGCAUCACGUAGGUUAACAUACCUCAACUACCUCACCAGGGCUCACGUAAGUUAAACCCCCUCAACUACUUCAGCAGCACCCAUGGCAUCACUUAAGUUUAACCCACCUCACCUACUUCCGCAGCACACCAGGGCAUCACGUAGUUACCCCACCUCAACUACUUCAGCAGCCACCAGGGCAUCACGUAAGUUAACCCACCUCAACUACUUCAGCAGCCACCAGGGCAUCACGUAAGUUAACCCACCUCAACUACUUCAGCAGCCACCAGGGCAUCACGUAAGUUAACCCACCUCAACUACUUCAGCAGCCACCAGGGCAUCACGUAAGUUAACAUACCUCAACUACCUCACCAAGGCGUCACGUAAGUUACCCCACCUCAACCAUGAAACACUAUUAGUGGUUACAGUUAUUGUACCAUAUAAGUGGACAGUGAGGCCCUUCAGGAAUUGAUUUUGAUCAAAUAAAAAAUGCAGAGUGGACCCCUAACCCUCUCUGUGUUCCACAGGUUUACUCAGGCUCUCAUCCACCUGCUGAAGGGAAACAUUGGGACUGGGUUGCUGGGUCUUCCCCUGGCAGUACGCAACGCAGGGGUCAUAGUGAGUAACUAAUGUCCCACUAGGGAUACUACAUUUUAGUAAUUUAGCAGACUCUCCAGCGCGACUUACAGGAGAAAUUAGGGUUAACUGCCUUACUCCAAGGGCACAUCUACAGAUUUUUCACCUUGUUGGCUGGGGGAUUCGAACAAGCGACCUUUCGGUUACUGGUCCAACGUUCUUAACCACUAGGCUACCUGCCGCCUUACACCGUUCACACCAUAACACAAACAGGGCUGGGUCACACUUUACAGUACAUUAGUGUCCUUGUGUACUGCUGUCAUUACAGUGUAAGAUUGUUUUGGUUUAUUCAGUACGAAGAAAGUACACAAUCUCUUUUGAGAGUCAAGGCAGAGAAAAGGCUGGCAACCCACUAUAUUAGCAAAUAAAUUAGUCCGAAAACUUGGCCUUGGUUGUGAAGUUACUGAGAGAAUUUGUGCAUUGAUGUAUCAUGCCUACUGCAUUGCAUUAUACAUCAAUGAUAUUGGUUGGUAAAAAUAAUUGGAAUUUGCUAGUGCUUUACCAGAAAAGCAAGAUAAAGUAAUGAGCUGGGCAUGAAAAUGGAUUAUGCAUAAAUAUGUAUUUCAUGAGUCAUUUAAGUGGUCAGUGGACCUGCUAGACUCCUCUGUCUACAGACAAUGAUUCCUUGCUGUGGAUCCUGGCUCAUGUUAAGUGGAUUUGGGGUUUUAUAUUUGGUCCUUUGCGUUAUACGAGAUAUUUACACAACAGUUGUAGCCUUGUAUUUGUAUUGACCUGGUUUGGCCCUGCUAACUGGGCUGGGCACACAACCCUUAUCUCUGAGUAUUACAUAUGGAUGUGAGUGUGAUUACAUGAUCAUGUACAUUGGUUUAAAGUACAGUGUGUGUGUCAUGGAUGUGAUGUGUUAUCAGAUUAAUAUUUGAAUCCGUAGAUUGCUGCAGCUUCUUCUCUGAACCAAGGCCUGGUUAAUCAGUUAGUGAGGUGUUCAUCAAACUAGUCCCCAGCACCAUGGGAUAAACCUUCCUGUGUGUCUGCCUGCUUUGCAGCUGUGGCACUGGCUAGUGGCUGAUCUCAGAUCAGUUUAUUGCCUCAUAUCUUUCCUGUGAAUCCUCCAUUUGCUAAACGGACAAAAGGAGGGCAGGAUCAGGCUAGACAACUGUCAUUAUUUGAAAGGACAAUCAGGUCAAUUUGUAAACUUCAGACUAAUCUCGUCUACUAGCCGGCUCUGUUGCAAUUGAGACUGAGAACGAGGUUAACGUCAGACAAACAGCAGACACAGAUGAUCACUGCUGCCAUACCAGUGAAACAGAGGUAGCCUGCAUGUCACAUUUAUGACGUUGCCAAGGUUACAUUGCGUUUGCUCGACUUUCCCCAGAGAAUCUGCAGGCUCCCCAGACUAGAUGAUGUUCCAGUGCUAGUAUUGUAUCUUGGUUGAGAACAAAACCCAAAAUGUUGUUGUGUAACCUCUUGCUUAAUCUCCCCUCCUUUGUGCUGUCUCAUGAUGAUGGUGUGAUCAUGUCACAUGACCGAGAGAUCUUGUGCGUGGAGGACAAAACUGAACAGGGCGAAAUGACGAUCAAAUUUUUACAUUUACGUCAUUUAGCAGACGCUCUUAUCCAGAGCGACUUACAUAUAUGAAUACAUAUUAUUAUUUUUAUACUGGCCCCCCCGUGGGAAUCGAACCCACAACCCUGCCGUUGCUCUAUCAACUGAGCUACAUCCCUGCCGGCCAUUCCCUCCCCUACCCUGGGCCAAUUGUGCGCCGCCCAUGAGUCUCCCGGUCACGGCCGGCUGCGACAGAGCCUGUAUUCGAACCAGGAUCUAGUGGCACAGUUAGCACUGCGAUGCAGUGCCUUAGACCACUGCGCCACUCGGGAGACUAUAUCACAACACCGCUAUGUGAAAUGAGGUUUUCGGUGACAUACAUAGAAUAGCACUACUGAUUGUGUAUAAGUGAGAAGUAGCCUAUUUCUCAGGGUUAUAUCUGAUGCGUUUGCACUACUAUGGACUGAUGUUUGCUGUAGAGUGUUCCUAUCUGGUUCACAGUUGGUGUUGACAUUACUGUCAGUGUGUUCUCAGACUGUUCUUUGUAUUUCUAUUUCUCCAGGUGGGGCCUCUUUGCCUGGUGCUGAUGGGUGUGGUCUGCGUUCACUGUAUGCAAAUCCUGGUCCACUGUAGCCACCACCUGUGUGAGAGGUAA